GUAAACCUAGAGGAGAAAACAGGAUUGAAGCUUCCAACACAAGCGGAAGAAUCUGGGACUUCCGAGCAAAGUGAAACGUUGACAUGUGUUUCGCAGGAGUGCCAAUUUCAUUUCUCCGAAGAUUACGAGGCGGAAGGAGAAAAGUUUCACAUAGAAAAUGCAGAAGAACAUGUAGUUGCCAUUAAAGUGCUUACUGAUGAGACUGAUCCCUCCACUUCAAGAGCUCUUCUUGAUGAGGCUCGAGGCAGGACUCGUUUAUGGAGUGAUUCUGGUCUCACGGCCUCGACAUCGAGCUACGUGGCCACGACCAUUAACACUACAACUACCACGGGUAACACUGGUACGAUGAUGAAAUCGGUGUCGGAGGUGUCAGUGCCCACCUCAACCUCCUCUUGUCUCAACUACCUGGCAGAGGAGACUGAGGAAGAGGAAGAGGUGCGGUACACUGCUUCACCCCGAGACGACCGAUAUGGCAUUAUUAUGCCUGCCUCCAACCAACAUCAGGAACCAAUGCAGCCACUUGAAUGUAUCGUUGAGGAUGCUGAGGAAGCGAGUGUUUUAGAGAAUGACUACGAAAAAACUAAUGAAACUGUUCGAAGAGUCGAUCCUUUUCCACCUAACGAUAUAGCUUCGACUGUUGCCAUCGUCGAGGACUACUUGGAGCCCAAGGAGGAGGUACUUCAUGUGGAACCAGCGGAGGGCACUUGA